CCCUUGUGGCCUUCCUUUGUUUGUCUUCUUCCUCGAUUUUCCCCCAACUUGAGAGAAAAAUCAAUGACCAUACAGUUCCAUUUCUACCAAAUAUUCUUGUUUUUUCUCUUCAAAUUAAUUUAAUGGAGGCAACUUCAACUGCAACUGCGCUUCGUCGUCUUUCGCUUCUCUCUUCCCAUUUUCGUACUCAUUGCUCGUCUCCUCAAGUGUCGGCAUUCAAUUGCAGCUCCACCGAUGGUGAAAAUCAUGAAAAUGGGUGUGUUUUCUGUAUGAUUGUUCUAGGUGAAGCACCUGCUUUAAAGGUCUAUGAGGAUGAUGUAUGCCUCUGCAUUUUGGAUGCAAACCCAUUGUGUUUUGGGCACUCGCUUGUCAUCCCAAAGUCUCAUUUUACUUCUUUGCAAGAAACUCCGCCAUCAGUUGUUGCUGCCAUGAGUUCAAAAUUGCCCUUGAUUAGCAGUGCAGUCAUGAAAGCCACUGGUUGUGAUUCAUUCAACUUGUUAGUUAACAACGGGGCAGCAGCUGGCCAGGUUAUAUAUCACACCCAUAUUCAUAUAAUUCCUCGUAAAGCAAGCGAUUGCCUCUGGACUUCUGAGAGCUUGAGUAGAUGUCCGCUGAAGUCAGAUGAGGCUCAGAAACUUGCAGAUGGUAUUAGAGAAAACUUGUCAAUUUCGAACAACAUUGAAGAUAGUAAGGGGAAUGGAUCAAGUCUCAUUGUAAACUAGGGACGU